GUAGCGCAAGAGUUGAACGUGCCGGUGGUCAAUUUGUGGAAAGUGAUUAUGGACUUGGUAGAAGGAAAUUCCGAAUUUACUUUGAAAGAUUAUUUGAGUGACGGGCUACAUCUAAGCUCCCUUGGAAACGAGGAAAGUGUGAACAACACUCUUUUUAAAGCAUUAAUGGAGGUUAUUCUUGCUAAUUGGCCAGAGAUGGAUCCGGAAAAACUUCCAAUGAUUCAACCUGUUUGGAGCGAUGUCGAUCCUGAAAACGGCAGUGAGAUUUUCAAGUUUGACGAUGAAUUCAUUUGUAACCGAUUUAAAUAA